AAGGGAGGUGCAACCACACUUAAAAAGCAGGUUCAUUUGAUAAAUAUUCAACAUUUCCUCCCCACUCUGGAUCGGUGAACACAGAGGGACGCUGCAGAACUGAACACCUGUUACUUGUGACAGAGAUGAAGAUCUUAACGCAGUCUGUCCUCGUUCUCAUCGCUGUGUUUAUCUCAACAUCAGGGGCAGAUGAGGUGGUCUACGCUCAGCUGGGAGAGAAGGUUUUCCUUAAGAGUCCAAGUUCAUAUAAUGCAACUGCACACUAUAUCUACUGGUUUUUUGGAAAACAGGAACCAAGCAGGAUUCAACUUGGCUGGCGCAACAUCAUGGGUGGAGUGGGGAAAACUGAUGAUGAAUCCUGGAAGACAAAGAUAACCUUGUCUGAAAACUCACUGAUCAUUGAUGGAAUUGAAGAAAAACACUUUGGAACCUAUAUCUGUGAAUUGAAGUCUGGUGGUGAAAAAGAGGCGUUCACAUAUGAAUUAUUCCAGGUCAAUGUUAAGAUGAAUAUGGGAUCACCCUCUCUAUUGCUGCCUGGGGAGUCUCUAUCUCUGGACUGCAGUGUCAAAGCGUCAUACAGGAUGACAAAGAUACACUGGCUGAAUCCCAGCGGAGAGAGUAUAGGCAGUAACCAAAAGGCAAUAAUCAAGACAGCCACAAGCAAAGACAAUGGCCAGUGGACCUGUGUGGUGAGAGAUAACCAAAAAGAAUACCAGGCCAAAAUUUCUGUUACAGUUUUGGACCUCGACCCAGCUUCCUCACUUUUUCAGUACUCAUCUAAAUCCUCACAUCUUACCAUUCCCUGUUCCAUUCCUCUUCACAUCUCCUGGGACCAAAUCAAAGCUAAGGGCCUGAAGGAAGUUAACUGGCAAUUCUUCCCUAAGCUUCCCUCAGGUGGCAAUUCCGAUGGCCCACAGCAGCUCUUCUCCCUGUAUCUAGAUCAGGUUCCUCUGACCUGGAAGGCGAAUAGAACUAGAGGACUGAGUACAGAACCAGACCUCCAAAAAGGCAAACUGUCUUUGGUCAGAAAGCAAGGGAGGGAAGGAGACCGAGGAGAUUACGUGUGCAGCUUCAAAUUUCCAAAAGUGACUCUGAACAAGACUGUUCACCUAGAGGUGCUGCAAAUCAUCUCCUCCCCUGGAACAAACUUAAUUUCUGGCCAGCAGGUCAACCUGACUUGCAGCCUUGGCCAUCCUCUGCCCUCUGAUCUGCAAGUGAAGUGGCUCCCACCUGAAGGAUCGUCCCAGUUGUCUCUGCAAUCUGACCCUCACCCCGUGCAUCUCAGCAUCCCAGAAAUAUGGACAGAAGAUAGUGGAAACUGGGAGUGUUCGCUGUGGCAGGGGGGCAGAAAGCUGACAUCGGAUGUGAUAACGCUGAAGAUCGAGCCCAAACUGAGCGUGUGGAUGUUGGUGAUCAUAUGCAGUGCUGCAGUCAUCGUAAUCCUCCUCCUCAUUGUUGUUUUCUUCCUCUACCGGCGCAGACAACGGAGGAUGAGACACCUUAGGCAUCGACUCUGCCAGUGCAAAAGCCCAAAGUCCAAAGGAUUCUACAGAUCAUAAUGUUUCCAAAAAAGACAUUUUCAGGAGGACGUGGCAACCAGCUGAUUUCCUGGCCA